UAAAUUCUUCCAUUAGUCCAUCAAAGAGUAGCAAUGCCUGAGGGUGGGUUAAGCUUCGACUCUUCAGAUAUAGAGAAUGUACUCAGCCUUAAUCCUAGGAUCAACAAAUAUGCCGCUUUGAAACCAACGGCUUUAACAAAACAAGAUAAGUACAACUGGAAAAGAAAUCAAGACAAAAAUUGCACUAGUUGCAAUUUGGAAAACAAUUUUGAUGAUGUGAAACAUACAACACUUAGUGAGAGAGCAGCGCUAAAAGAAGCUAGUAGGUGCUUGAAAUGUGCGGAUGCUCCAUGUCAGAAAUCCUGCCCGACCCAGAUUGACAUUAAAAGCUUCAUAACAAGUAUAUCCAACAAGAAUUACUAUGGAGCGGCUAAAAUGAUAUUUUCGGACAAUCCAUUGGGUCUCUCUUGUGGUAUGGUCUGCCCUACUAGUGAUCUCUGCGCUGGCGGUUGUAAUCUAGAAGCGACCGAAGAAGGAGCCAUAAACAUUAGUGGUCUUCAGCAGUUUGCUACCGAGGUAUUUCAAAAAAUGGGAGUGAAGCAAGUGAGACCACCACAAACGAUUGAUGAUAGAGGAAGUAAAAUUGCAUUAAUCGGCUGCGGUCCAGCAUCUCUGUCAUGCGCCACAUACUUAGCCCGCUUGGGAUACAAAAAUAUUACAAUUUUUGAAAAACAAGACUUUACCGGUGGUUUGAGCUCAUCUGAAAUUCCACAGUUUCGUCUCCCAUACAAGGCUGUUCAAUUUGAAAUAGAUCUUGUGCGAGAUUUAGGAGUAAAUAUUGUUACCGGAAUAUCUCUUGGGAAAGACAUUACUAUUAAAAACCUGAUGUCGGAUGGAUAUGAUGCCAUAUUUAUAGGCAUAGGACUACCUGAUCCAAAAAGAAAUACAGUCUUCAAUGGUUUAACAACAGAGAUGGGGUACUAUGCUUCAAAAGAUUUUCUGCCCCUAGUUGCGAAAAGUAGUAAACAAGGUCUGUGUGGUUGUAAGCGGCCUUUACCUUCAUUCUCUGGUAGGGUAGCAGUUCUUGGAGCAGGUGACACAGCGAUGGACUGUGCAACAAGUGCACUUCGCUGCGGUGCCAGUAAAGUAUUUAUCAUUUUUCGGAAAGGAUUCUCAAACAUACAUGCGGUGCCCGAAGAGGUUCAACUGGCAUUUGAAGAAAAAUGUGAGUUCAUGCCCUUUCUGAGUCCUAAAAAUAUUGAAGUGAAAGAUGGAAAGAUCGUAUGCAUCUAUUUCUGUAGAACGGAACAAAACGAAAAUGGAGAAUGGUCCGAAGAUCCUGAUCAACUCGUGAAAUUGAAAGUUAAUUACAUCAUUUCAGCUUUUGGCUCAACGCUUUCGGAUCCAGAAAUUUUACAGGCAUUAGAACCGUUAGAUCUUAAUACAAGAAACUUACCAAAAAUAAACAGCCAGACAAUGGAAACUAGUGUUCAGGGUGUAUAUUGUGGUGGUGAUUUUGCUGGGUUCUCUGAAACAACAGUGGAAUCAGUUAAUGAUGGAAAGACAGCAGCAUGGUAUAUGCACAAGUAUUUAAUGGAAAAAAUGGGGAAUAAUAAUGUACCAAUCACACCACAAUUGCCAAAAUUUUACACAUGCAUUGAUGAUGUAGACAUAUCAGUGGAUAUCUGUAAUAUUCACUUUGAGAAUCCUUUUGGUCUUGCUUCAGCACCACCAACAACAAGCAGUUCAAUGAUACGAAGAGCAUUUCAGGCAGGCUGGGGAUUUGCAGUAACCAAAACUUUUGGCUUAGAUAAGGAUUUGGUGACAAAUGUAUCACCACGUAUUAUUAGGGGAACAACCUCAAGGCAUGUUUAUGGCCCAGAACAAGGAUCAUUUCUCAAUAUUGAGUUAAUAUCGGAAAAACGAGAAGAAUAUUGGUGUAAAAGUAUAGCUGAAUUAAAAAAAGACUUCCCAGAAAAGGUUCUAAUAGCCAGCAUAAUGUGCUCUUAUUCAAAAGAAGACUGGGAAAAUUUAUCUACUAAAGCUGAAAAAGCUGGUGCUGAUGCCUUGGAAUUGAAUCUAUCGUGCCCUCACGGAAUGGGAGAAUCUGGAAUGGGAUUAGCAUGUGGUCAAGAUCCUAUCCUUGUAGAACAAAUAACCAAGUGGGUGAAGGCGAAUGUUAAAAUUCCAGUUUUUAUAAAAUUAACUCCAAAUAUUACAGAUAUUUUAACAAUAGCGAAGGCAGCAGAUCGAGGAGGUGCUGAUGGAGUUACAGCUAUUAAUACAGUUUCGGGACUCAUGGAGAUUCAAGGUAAUGGAACACCAUGGCCUCAUGUAGGCAGCGGUAAACGUACAACUUAUGGUGGAAUGUCUGGCAAUGCAGUGAGGCCACUUGGCUUGAGAGCUGUAUCCUCUAUUUCCAAAGCAUGUCCUCGUCUAGCAGUGCUGGGCUCUGGAGGAAUUGAUAGUUCUGACACGGCUUAUCAAUAUUUUUGCUGUGGUGCUUCUGCUGUACAAAAAUUCAAUCUGACGCAACUUAUAUCUGACGCAGAAAUUCUUGGGUCUCGACUACAGCAAUGGAAUCUUCUCGAAAGUAAUAUCAGAAUCUCGGAGUACAGAAAAUGUCACAGGGAACUGCUUCCCUUUUUCGAGAAGAAAAUAAUCUUGUUGUUUGCUGCGACAUUAAUGGCUUGA